UUGAGAAAACAAAAAAAAAAAGGUCUCCCCAAAAAUCAAAUGUUGCUUCUUCAACAAAACAUUCAUCAGUUCCCAAGAUUUCUCCAUUAACACACACUAAACACAUUUUCUCUCUCUCUCUCUCUCUCUCUCUCUCUCUCUCUCUCUCUUCUUCAGUUUCCUUUUAUCUAGGGUUUGGGUUCUUCUCCGCUCCUCUGUUCUAGGGUUUUGUACCAACAGAAUUUUGAUUUUCAUUCCCCAGUGGAACCCCCCACAUUUUUGUUUCCUAGAAAAAGUGAACAUUUAAUAAAUUUUGUUUAUAUUUUUAUUGGAGCUGGGAUUUGAGUUGGAUCAGUUAAAUUCCGAGAUCGGAGCAAAAAAAAAUCAGGGUUUAAGCUUGAAGAGGCGAAGAUCGAGUUUGUAUCUGUCAAAUUGAAGUGCGAUGUUGAUUAGUAAGAGUUUGAAUUGAAGAGAAAUUAGAAGAAUUGGGGGUUCGAAAACAUGCAUUUUGCUAAGCUUGAUGACUCUCCUAUGUUCCGUAAACAGAUACAAACCUUGGAAGAAGGUUCCGAAUCCUUGGGGGAACGAUGUUUGAAGUUUUACAAAGGAUGUCGAAAAUACACCAGGGAAGGACUUGGGGAGGGAUAUGAUGGGGACAUAGCUUUUGCGAGUGCACUUGAAACUUUCGGUGGUGGGCAUAAUGACCCCAUCAGUGUUGCCUUUGGAGGUCCGGUUAUGACAAAAUUCACUAUUGCGUUAAGGGAAAUUGGGACGUAUAAAGAAGUUCUUCGAUCUCAGGUCGAGAACAUGCUAAAUGAGCGAUUGCUGCAGUUUGUAAAUUUAGAUUUGCAUGACGUCAAGGAGGCACGGAAACGCUUUGACAAGGCUAGUCUUCUUUAUGACCAGGCUCGUGAGAAGUUUCUGGCAUUGAGGAAAGGCACAAGAAGUGAUGUAGCGAGUCUCCUCGAGGAGGAGCUUCAUCAUGCACGAUCAACGUUUGAGCAGGCCCGGUUUAAUCUGGUCACUGCUCUCUCCACCGUUGAAGCAAAGAAAAGAUUCGAAUUCUUGGAAGCAGUUAGUGAAACAAUGGCUGCUCACCUUCGCUAUUUCAAACAGGGUUAUGAGCUGUUGCAUCAGAUGGAACCAUAUAUUAACCAGGUCUCGACUUAUGCAAAGCAAUCGAAAGAGAGAUCAAACUACGAACAAGCAGCACUUAACGAGAGAAUGCAAGAAUAUAAAAGACAAAUUGAUAGAGAGAGCCGUUGGUCAUCAAAUGUUUCGAACGGAUCACCAAAUGGAGAUGGUAUACAAACCAUUGGUCGGAGUUCACAUAAGAUGAUAGAGGCUGUCAUGCUAUCUGCUGCAAAAGGAAAGGUUCAAACAAUUCGACAAGGCUAUCUCUCGAAACGGUCAUCGAACCUUAGAGGUGAUUGGAAAAGAAGGUUCUUUGUUCUUGAUAGCAGAGGAAUGCUCUACUAUUAUCGUAAACGAAGCAGCAAACCUUCUGGAUCGGGCAGUCAACUUUCGAGUCAAAGGAAUAGUUCAGAACUGGGGUCUGGAUUACUAAGUCGUUGGCUGUCUUCACAUUAUCAUGGUGGAGUCCACGAUGAGAAAUCUGUUGCCCAUCAUACGGUUAACCUUUUGACUUCAACUAUUAAAGUCGACGCCGACCAGUCAGAUCUAAGAUUCUGCUUCCGUAUCAUUUCCCCUACCAAGAACUACACUUUGCAGGCAGAAAGUGCCCUCGAUCAAAUGGACUGGAUUGAGAAAAUCACGGGGGUGAUUGCCUCGUUAUUGAGUUCUCAGGGUCCUGAAAGAGGUUUGCCUGCUAGUCCAAUGGGCAGUGGCCAUCAUCGGUCAACGAGCGAGAGUAGUUCGUUCGAAAGUGCUGACUAUGACCAUGGAGCUGUUGAAGAAUACACAUCCGAGAGAUUCGCCUCUUUGCAUAUGGACCGUCCUUUGAGAAUCUCACAACAGCAAAGAACUGCUUUAAAAACCGAAAAGCCAAUCGAUGUAUUAAAGAAAGUGUGUGGCAAUGACAGAUGUGCUGACUGUGGUGCACCUGAGCCAGAUUGGGCAUCCUUGAAUCUCGGCGUACUUGUCUGCAUAGAAUGCUCGGGUGUCCACCGUAACCUUGGUGUGCACAUAUCCAAGGUAAGAUCGUUGACUCUCGAUGUGAAAGUUUGGGAACCGUCUGUUCUGAAUCUGUUUCAGUCUUUGGGCAACACUUUUGCAAAUUCCGUGUGGGAGGAAUUACUACAUUCCAACGGUGUUUUCCAAGUUGAUCUUGGUCCCUCGGGAUUAUAUCGGACUAAUAAGCAGCAAAUGGUGUACUUCAACAAGCCUAGUCCUGCUGAUUCGAUUUCUAUGAAGGAAAAAUUUAUUCAUGUCAAAUAUGAAGAUAAAUUAUUUGUUCGGAAGCAAAAAGAAAAUCAAUCAGUGGCACAGCAAAUGUGGGAUGCUGUUCGUGCGAAUGAUAAGAAGGGCUUGUAUGGUCUCAUUGUUACUUCAGAAACAGAUAUUAAUGCUAUUUACAAUCAAUUAGAAACGACAAGUAACCCUUCUCUUACACUUGCCAAAGUAAUGCUUUUGCAAGAGCAAACUGCCAUCGACCCCUACUCUGCUGAGUUGUCAUUACACAAGACAUUUUCGGGGUCUUCUUUAAACCCGACAAAAAGUACAAGUGAUGAUGUCAUUGUCAAUAAUAGUGUAAUAAUAGAUGAUCUUGAUCUUGAUGGUUGUUCUUUACUUCACCUUGCUUGUGAAACUGCCGAUAUUGGAAUGAUUGAGCUUCUUUUGCAAUACGCUGCUUAUGUUAACGCUACCGAUUCCAAGGGGCGGACCCCACUUCAUCGGUGUAUCAUUAGAGGCAAAACUACUCUGGCAAAACUUCUCCUCACAAGGGGAGCAGAUACACAGGCCGUGGAUGAGAAAGGUAAGACACCUUUUCAAGUUGCGGUCGAAUCAAAUUUUGAUGACGUUGAGGUUCUUGCAUUGCUGUCGGACACGCAUCAUCGAUGAAGUCAUGAUGAUGAGGUUAAGAGAUAUAGAGAGAGAAUGAGUCUACUGUAAUUAUGUAUUUAUAGCUUCAUCUCCUCUUUUCUCAAUAUUUGAUUGCUGCCCGAGCCUAUGAUGAAUUCGUGGUUGUUUUAGUUUGGCUGUGUUGUUUAAUGUUUGUGAGAACUAGUGGAACAAAGCUUUAGGUCUAAGAGACUGUAACGUAAUGUUGAUUCACCUAUUAUUUGUCACGCGUCUUUCUUCUGGUGAUGAUUGGCGGUUUGAGGUUUUUUUUUUCUUUUCUUUUUUCUUCGUCGGUCGGUUUCUCUGUUUUGUUGUAAGUAAAUGUUAGUUUUUCCGAGUUAGGAUGUGAGGGUUUGAUGAGUUGUAACUUUUGUGUAUACACUUUGAUUUGGAAUUGGAACAAGAAGAGUUUUGCCUUGUUGCAUCGAUUGUUGUGAAUUACGACUGCUGGAUUUGGUGUUGCACUGAAUUUUCUUUU